AUGGAAGGAAGGCGCAAUUUUAACGACAUAGUUGCAGAGCCACUCACAAGAAACAGCAGUGCUGAUUGGUUCGAAUGGGUUAAGAACUAUCUGAUAUCUCGAGAUCUUUGGGAAGUGACGAAUAAUAGCGCAAGACCAGACGAAGAUGAUUUGGAAGGGUUUCCUAAAUGGAGAAGAAACAAUGCUGCAGCAUUGCACGUCAUCCGUAUCUCUUGUGGAUGUCCCAAUCACUCCCAUAUAAAAGGGGUCUCUAAAGCCAAAGAUGCAUGGGACAUUCUCUAUGAGACCUACAAUAAUAAUGCGCCGGCCUCUGCACCGGCUUCUCCCCCAGAGUUAACGGAGGUAGAAGAAUUAGAGAUGAGUAAUAUGCUCAAGGCCAUAGCUGAAAACAACUGGUUGGCUGCGAAAGCAUUCAUUGAUCGCUAUCCUCAGGUAUUGGACGUAGAUUUUGCGAAGUCAAUGGGCGAAACACCUCUUCACGUGGCUGCAAAAUUUGGGCAUCUGGGCAUAGUAGAGGAGCUGGUGAGAUUAGUUCCAGAAGAAUAUCUGGAGAUACGCGAUGCUUACUGGGGCAAUACUCCGCUUGCAAUGGCUGCUUCACACAGUGAACUUAUCCCAGUUGCAGCAUGCUUGAUCAGCAAAAAUAAAAAGCCACUUGAAAUUCCAACUGAUAAUAACGCUUGGGGAGAUUCCGGCUAA